GAGAGAGAGCGAGGGACCUUGUGCUCUUUCUUUUCUCCUUCUUCUUCUAGUGUCAUUUUCCAAGAUAUACUCUCGAGAAUAACCAAACCCAAAUCCUAUAACUUAUGACUUUCUCUCUUUCUUUCUAUUUUUUCUUUCCAUGACUUCUCUCUCUCUCUCUCUCUCUCGAGCAUGUCUGUUCCAGAAGAUUGCUGUCUUUGUUUGCUUUAGCUCGGUAACCCUUUUAACUUGUUCCUGCACUCAAUAAUUUGGUCUUCAAAGCACACACACACAACCCUUCAAGCCUUCUUCUUUGUUCUUCUUUAAUUGAUAGCUAGCUUUCCACAUAUUCUUUGUAAAAAAAAAAAAAAAAAAGAAAAAGAAAAAAAGAACCAAACCUCCCCCAAAUAUCUUGAAGCUCAAAAGAAAUUACCUCUACCUUUUUCUUUAAUUAUUUUCCUCAACUUUCUUCACUCACGAAGAAAAGAGAGGCUAGCUAGUAUUUGGUUUAGUAAAGUAGUGAAUCAGAAAAUGCCCUUGGAAGGGAUUUUCAUAGAACCCUCUACAACCAGAACUACUAGUUCUCAAAUUCCUGAUCUUUCUCUUCAUAUUAGUCCUCCCAACACUACUUCCUCUAAUUCAUCAUCAAUUUUCAAUAGUACGACCACUAAUGAACCCCAAAAUCCCACUACCCAAGCUCACACUGAGCUAUCCCUAGGGCGAUGCUUCACCGGCGGAGCUCACGAACAAGAACCCCCACAAAACCCAUAUCAACGACAAAGUUUUCAUCUUCACAGUUCCAACAGUCAUUUAAGCCACUUAAAUCAUGGCGUUUCGCUGCUUGAUGUCUCAUCAUCGGAGGGUUUAAGGCCGAUUAAAGGGAUUCCGGUUUAUCAUCAGAACCGUUCAUUCCCUUUCUUGCCUAUGGACAAUAUUAUCACAAGAGAUCAUCACAAGGAUUCCAAGAUGUGCUUUUACCCAAGACCUCCUCCACCUUCCUUUAACCAUCCUUCUUUUCCUUCAGCUGCCUCCCAUAACACCCAGUCUACACCUUAUUUCGGAGGAGGAGGAGCCACCGGCUUGGAGCCCAUGUCAAGAUUUAACGGGUUCUCAUCAGUGGAUGCGUUUAAAUCAAACAACCAACUGCACCACCACCACCAUCUUCAUCAUCACAAUCAGUAUGGAAUUGGAGGAGUUGGACCUAUUUCUGAGGGUUCUCAUCAUGGUAUUAUGAGAUCGAGAUUCUUGCCAAAGCUACCGACAAAGCGGAGUAUGAGAGCUCCGAGGAUGCGAUGGACAAGCACUCUCCAUGGUAGAUUUGUUCAUGCUGUUGAGCAUCUUGGUGGCCAUGAAAGAGCUACUCCAAAGUCAGUUCUUGAGCUCAUGAAUGUCAAGGAUCUCACUCUAGCUCAUGUCAAGAGCCAUUUACAGAUGUAUCGAACUGUUAAGACCACUGACAAGCCUGCAGCUUCUUCAGGGCAAUCGGAUGGAUCUGGCGAGGACGACAUUCUCUCUCCGAUUAGCAGCGCAACGGAUCAUCAUGGACUACACAAUACUCAACAGUUUCCGGAGCAACGAGGACUGUGUGAUCAGUCUGUGAGACCAGACGUGGACUACACUUCCAGUACCACUCUUUGGAGUAACUCUUCAAGUAUUAGAGAGGCGUUUCCACAUGCUAAUUCUCCUGACAUGGGCGGGCAAAUACCAGCAGUAUCAUCCCAACUACAGAAAAUGUCUGGUCAUAAAAUUCAGGAAUGUGAUUCAGACAACCUGAAGAGCUAUUUGGGAUCUAAUUUGAUACCAGAAAUCCAAGCUUAGAAUUCACGUUAGGCAGACCGGACUGGAAUGGCAAAGCACAUGACUGAUUCAGUUUCCAUCUUUUCAUUGUUUACGUACUCUCUUGGAAUCAAAAUGUUAGAAGAGGUUAGUUAAGUUAUUUGAGUAGAUUGAAAUUGUUUUAGGAUUGCUAUGAUGAGCGGCUAUAUUAUAUGUAGUUGCUUAAGUUUCACUAGUCCUUUAACUGGGAGUAAUCACAUAACAAUGGUGGUUUGUUUCACCUCCUCAAUUCGAUUAUGGCUAUGUAUAUCCCAGCCAUCCAUGUCAGCCGGAACCUUGGAAUUUUCCUGGUGAAUUCCAGCUUUGGUUUCGUGCAAAAAUCAGUGUAAGUUAGACGGAAAUUCGUGAUUUUUGUGUUUGAUAAAAUGAGAGUUUACAACAUCAUACUUGUAACAGUUGGCAGUGGGUUUUUUUCUGUACCAGAAAUGAACAGAGCUUGUAUUUCAUUAGUUUGACAUCGUCUUUGUGUCGCCCAAGUACUUGUUGUAUCCGACCAUAGUUGGCUGCGUUACUGAUAAAGUAACGAUUAAAACUC